AUGAAGAAAUUGUCUCAGAAUAAAGGAGGAACGUUAAGUUGGGAAAAUAUUCAGGGUGACAUCAAACAGGUGCUGGGAAAAUUAUCUAAGGCUCUAACAGAUAAUGAAGAAACAAACAAAAAUCUGUGCAACAAUACUGCUGGGCAGCAAGGUCGUACACCAACUGAUAGCGAAAAGACGGCAUGUAAUAACAUUGCUAAAGGCUUGAAAGGCAUAUACAAUAUUAAGCCUGAACCCAAUGGAAACCAGGCCAACCCUGUUCAGAAUACAAAUUUUGAGCAAACAAUAGGUUGCCUCCUGUUAAAUGUGUACGCUCAGGAAAUAAAGAGCAAAUGUCCUAUCAUGGGAAAAACUGUUAAAGAGGCCUUUACAAUCAAUGAGGGGCUUCACACAACUGAAUGCAAUAGUGGUGGGAAGAAUAAGUGUGAGCAGUGCCAGUGGGACGAAUGUGCAAAUUAUACUAUUAAAGAAGGAGUGGACCUACGGACAAAAGUGAAGGACAUGCUCCUGGGGAAUAAGGACAUAAAACAAACUCUGUCUACUAUAAGUGAUUCAUGUAAGCAAAGUACCACUAUUAGGGGAUGGUUCGCACUAUUUUCGAGGGAUGUAACAGAAAAAGACAAGGAACAGAAUAUCCUCCUUCAGGGUAUGCUAGAUUCGUGCGAUCUUAAGAAUGAUGAUGGCGGAGUAGGUCUAGACAAGUACAAAGAUUUUUGUAAUAUUAUGAUGAGGAAUAUAUUCUUAGUUACCGAGGUUGGGAAUGAAUAUAAAAACAAAGAAGGACAGGAGCAGGAUCAACCUGCAUGUGAAAAGAUUGUAAAGGGAAUUCCUGUAUGUGAUUUAUUAAAAGUAUGGAUGUAUUAUAUGCGUAUCUUCUGUAUACCGGAAGCAGUUAUAAAAAAUGUCCUUAGCGUUGUGCAACAGGUAAGGGAAGAACUUAAUGGAAAAUUAAUUAGGGUUAAGAACUAUGUAGACUGCACUUAUGAUGCUGCAUUUAGGAUUCCUGACGGAGACAUAAGCUAUUUGGUAGGUGAAGCGCACGACCUAUUUUCCACAAGUGAGUUGCAUACUAAGAUGAGUGGAAUAACUAACAAGAAUGAAUGGUGCAAAAACACGCCUACGCGUCCAAAAUUUUCACGGGAAGGUCCAGGAGCUCAGGAUCGAAUAACCAAUGCUAAUAAGGAAGACCUGAACAAAUUGAAGAGCCUUGUUGAGAAUGUUACGGAAGUAUUAAAAGAAGAGGAAGGAGGAGGGGGGUCUAAACCAGGUGAAGCACCGGAACCAAUUUCACCUACCAAAGUUCCUGAAGUACCAAAGAAGGUUAUUCCUGAAGAAAAGAAAGAAGCGUCGGAAAACACUGAUCAAGAUACAAAAUCAGAUGAACAGGAACCUGAGGAAGAGAACGAAGAGGAGGAAGAAGAACGAGAAGAAGAACUUGAACCCAAAGAUGAAGCAGCUGCUGCGCCUUCUGGUGAUGUUCCUCAAGAACCUCCUGGUGAGGCUGCAGAUAAACUAGGUGCUGGGAGUGCCAGUCUCAGUCCUCGCACCCCUUCCCCUGCCCCACUUGCUAGCAAGAUGGACAGCCCCGUCCUUCCUUACCUUCCUUUGGCCCCUGCCGUGCUUGGUAUUUCUAUUAUGAGCUACUUGCUCUGGAAAUACUUUGGAAUGCUUCGUAAGACAAGAAAACGCUACAGAAGAGCUCCUCAUAUACGUGGUCCCUCCUUAGAACAGCAGAUUGUUGACCAUGUGGACCAACCUAGUCCACGUGAAUAUUACAUUGUAAAGAAACGCAAACCUCGUUCAACGCCUAAAAAAAGGAGGAAAAAACGGGGCCUUGGUCGUCGUCGUGCUGGUGUACGUCGCCGCAUGAUUAUUGAUAUUCAUUUUGAAGUGUUAGACGAAUGUCAAAAGGGGGAACUGCAUUUGAAGAAGGAAGACUUUUUUGUCAUUUUGGUUCAAGAAUUUAUGGGAUGUGAGUUCAUAAAAGAAAAAAAGGUUCCAAGUUCAGAUUCCGGGUUUAGGGAGGAAGACUUUGUCACUAAGGAAGAUGUUCCUAAAGAACAGGUUCCAAGUACAGACUUAGGGUUUAGGAUUAUUGUUCCAAAGGAACAGGUUCCAAGUUCAAAUUCCGGAUUUAGGAAGGAAGUCUUUGUUCCUGACGAAGGUGUUCCCAAGGAACAGGUUCCAAGUUUAGAUUCCGAAUUUAGAGAAGAAGACUUUAUUACUAACGAAAGUGUUUCUUAA